CUGGCAAUUCACGUCGUACAGGUCUAAACCAAGAUUAUGGGAUCUACAAGUUGGUUCAAAAGCGAGGGGGGGCGUGUCAUCUUUUUUUUAUUGGGUGGUCGAUUAUAUUAAGUGUAAUCUAAAUAACUUAAAGAGGUUAAGUUUGAUUUGAGUUCAAUAUUAUAUUUAUAAACUCCACACUUGAUGUAUAGUGCUUAAAAGACAAGAUCUCUCUUGCUUCCUUUCUUUUUUUUCUUCUUUUCUUUUUAAAACAGGCUUAUUACUUUCCUUUUUGCUUUUUAGAAUGAUUCAAAACAAUAAUAUUGUGACAGCACCUCGAGUACCAUCUUCUCCCAGCGUCAAUUAUUAUGAUCCCAGAGGUCAUCCAUUCUACACUCAUCAGCAAUCAGCCCCUGUUCAUAACAAUCACUAUUUAAACACCUCCGCUCCUUUACAUUCGACCGUUAAUUCUACAGCUGCAGCCGCUGCCGCCGCCGCCGCAGCAGCAGCAGCCGUGGGUGUCGACCUAAACACGUCUUUACCCCCUCUAUCACGUCUGUUACCACCAAGUGCCAAUGAUUCGCGUACGGUUCGGUCGCAAGGUGUGUACAAAACGCCACCGCUCGGUCAUCGCUUUGACGACGUAUACAUGGUACACCAACAUCUGCCUUAUAAUGAUGUCUUUCACCCACCCUCGGUUCGUUCACACCAGCUCCCUUCACCUCCGACAUCUGUUAUCGACAGCGUUUUGAUGUCGGGUGACGCUCUGACAAACCACCACCAGAAAGUCUUUUCAUUUGUUCCGCUACCGGGAGUUCAACAAAAGAAACGACCGAGAAGAAAAUACCAUGAAGUAGAAAGAUUGUAUAAAUGCAACUAUCAAAACUGUACAAAGGCUUAUGGCACAUUAAAUCACUUGAAUGCUCAUGUCUCUAUGCAAAAACAUGGCCCCAAAAGAUUACCAGCUGAAUUUAAAGAACUUCGUAAAAUGUGGAGAAAGCAAAAGCGAGAAAACAAAAGAGAAAAACAAAGAGACGACAAGGAUGAGGAAUACAAUUCCUUUUUGCCACACUGGUCUCCUGAUAAGCCUACUACAUUUCGAACUAACUAUGGAUUUAUGCCACAGUACUAAUCAAGUUAUGCUAUAAUAAUAAUAAUGAUGAUGAUGACAACUUUUUUUUUAUAUGAUGUAUAUUUUUAUAAUUCUGUACAUAAACAAUAAAUAUAUGGAAGUUUUUAAUUUUACCGAGUUACACAAUUUUCGAUUGUUUAUUUAUUAAAUGCAUCAUUUUUUUUUAUUUGUUUUCUGAAAUGAGGUCAAAGCUUAAAAAG